UUAGUGGAAGUUGCAUGGUUGAGUCAGUGGAGAGUUGUGUUUUAAACUGUACAACACUAUUAGUUAACAGUAAUUUAGUAGGUUAAUCAGUACAACUGAUUCUGUUAAUUUAGGGUCUAGUAUUAAGAGUUUAAAUAUUAAUUUCAGUUCACUGUGAAGCUUUAUUGCUGUAAGCUGACUUCUCAGAUCCCUCCUUGAAAUGAAAGCGGGCGUGCUCCACUGUCGAUGUGCCAAAUGUUUCUCUCUGCCUGUCCGGAAGCGGGUGCGAAAGCGUGCAUCUGCCGUCACGCUGCUGUCUCUUCCUGAAGAGCUGCUCCUGUGUGUUCUCCAAUGCCUUUCCGCUGAGGAUCUCCUCGCCGUCAGAGCUGUUCAUUCUCAUCUUCGAGACAUUAUUGAUAGUAACUCAAGCGUCUGGGCACGAGUGAGUUUCAAAGACCGCUGGCCGGCCCCUGAUACCGUUUGGUUGUUUGAGAGAGCUGCAGAGAAAGGGAACUUCGAAGCUGCUGUGAAACUAGGGAUUGCGUAUUUGUACAAUGAAGGACCUUCGCUCAGUGAGGAGGGACGUGCCGAUCUGUGCGGCCGCAUGGCAUCGCGGUUCUUCAGUCUGGCCGAGAGCCUCAGGUCCCCGCUCUCCGACCCGUUCAUCUGGCUCUUCAUCCGGCCGCCGUGGUCCAUGUCUGGCGGCUGCUGUAAGGCUGUGGUGUACGACCGACUCGAAGCUGAGUGCGAGACCAACCUGGGCCGGAGAGGGACGUUACUGUAUUGUCUGGCUAGAGUCCUUCAGCUGUUUGACGAUGAGGAGAAGCGUGACGAGGCUACGGCGAUGCUGAAGGAGUCGGCGCGUUGCGGGAGCGUGCAGAGCUCGUAUCUGCUGUGGGAAAUGAACCGCGGGACGUCGACGGCUGACCCUGGCAGGCAUCUGCAGUGUAUGCGCACGCUCCGGGACUACGCUGCCAAAGGAUGUUGGGAAGCUCAGCUGGCAUUUGCGAAGUCAUGUGGCGCCGCAAACCCUCUGGGUCUGGAGCCGCGGGCCUGCGCUGAACUUGUGGCCCAGUUCUUCCACUCCGGACCUUCACCCCUGAAAUACCCACAAAACCUGCAGGGACAGGACAUCACCACUAAGAGGUAUAUUCUAGUGGACUGGCUGGUGGAGGUGACCACCAUGAAAGACUUCUCCAGCCAGGUGCUGCACGUGACCAUCGGCUGUGUGGACCGCUAUCUGAGCCUGCGCUCAGUGCCCAAGGCCCAGCUGCAGCUGCUGGGCAUCGCCUGCAUGGUGAUCAGCACACGAUACAUCAGCAAAGAGAUCCUGACCAUCCGCGAGGCCGUGUGGCUCACAGACAACACCUAUCAGUACGAGGACCUGGUGCGCAUGAUGGGGGAGGUCAUCUCUGUACUGGACGGGAAGAUACGGACCCCCACAGUGCUGGAUUAUGGGAAGGUGCUGCAGUCUCUGCUGCCUGUGGAGCGGCGCAGCUCUCACCUCUUCAGCUACAUCUGUGAACUCUCUCUGCUCUGCUCGCCCCUCACCGUCCCGGGACCGGCCCGACUCGCCAGCGCCAUCCUGCUGCUCACCCGAGCGCUGCACAACUACGUUCCCGUGUGGCCUGUCCAGCUGGAGGAAAACACCGGCUUCUCCAAGCACGACCUGGUCUCCUGUGCUUUACUGCUCUACGUCAAGUGUUUCGGUCAGGAUGUGCCCAAAGACUACAGACACGUGUCUCUGACCGGAGUCAAGCAGAGGUUUGAGGACGACGCGUAUCAUCAGAUUAGCAGAGACGCGGUGAUGGGCUUUAAGGAGCUCUGUCAGGUGCUGGAGGUCCCAGAGGUUGAGCCGCAGAUGGAGGCGCCCAGCGCUAGCAGUCAGCUAACAGAGAUGCACACUUUCCUGUCCUCUCCCACCAGCAACAGCAAGAGGAGGCGUGAGGACAGCAUGCAGGAGCACCGGGGCAGCUUCCUGGCCACGCCCACAGCUGAGCUGUCCACUCAGGAGGAGAUGCUACUGGGAGACAUCCUGGACUGGAGCCUGGACACUUCCUGCUCCGGCUACGAGGGCGACCAGGAGAGCGAGGGAGAGAAGGACGGAGAAAUAUCGGCUAUGGAGGUGCAGAUGGAGCCGGUGGUCGAGUGCGCUGACAGAAAGAUGCAUUGUUGCGCACUCUCCAGCGAUGACGACAGCCUUUGUGAAAAGCCCACCGAGGAGGCGGCAACGGGCGGGAGCGGCAGACCCUGGACACGCCACCUAUCCUCCUCUUCUUCCUCGAGCACCUUUUGCACAGACCGCCGCAGCUCGGGCUACUCGUCCAUCCAAAGUGUUCCCAGUCCGUCCAUCUCUUCCUCUCUGGUCUCUCCCCAAAAUCCUGCCGGUUUCUGUCUCCUCCUGCCGCCCGCGCAAAGGACCCGCCGACAGGUGAAGAGGAAAAACACAGCGGCGCACAGCGGAGGAGAGGCGGAGCACGAUGAGGACUCAGCCAACGUGGCCUUUCUUAGCCUCUGAUUAAUUGACAGGAAGCUGUCAUCCCUUAACGCAUCACUUCCUGGCCGCCCGCCAGGAGCACUUUGGUUCACGGGUGCUGAUGGUCUUUAUCUCAGAGCAGCGAGAGUGAGAUAAAGCGGCUGAAAUGUCCAUUUCUGAGCUUUAAAUACGAUUAGAAGAACAAAUGUCAUGUUUUUUCCUUUCCAUAAUCCAUUUGACUUCAGCUCCCGAUGGUGCGAGUGCCUUCGCCCGACUGUUGCUGUUGACAAGCAACGGGAUAAAUGCCUCAAGUGUGUUAAAAUCACUGGAACUGUCACUGUUUUUGAAGUCUUGUGUACGUUGUUACAUCUUCGUAUUUGAAAAAGCGGACUGUUUACAUAAAAGGACUUAAAGUUUAUCAAAUAUGUUUUUUUACGAAGUUACAUACAUGCAGCUAUGGAGAAAACCCACUCAGUCCAUGAAGUUUCAUGCUAACAAAUGCGCUGUCUGAACAAAACUGAUUUGUUUACGUGGAUGUUUCUCGUCGCGUAUUUUGAUUAUUUAUCUGGAACUGUACUGAACGACUCCAGUGUUUUUAUAUUUGCGCAUUGCUUUGCGUUCGCAACAAAUCUUCUGCCAAAGUUCUCACAUUAACGACAUUCAUACUGUUUUUCUGCUUGAUACCACUGAUGUUUUGACCUGUGAAACUUAUGGAAGCUUGUUUCCGACACUGAGUGAAAAAAAAUGCAACUAUUUCUCACAAUUUGGACUUUUUUCACACAUUUGUGAGUUCUCGCAGUUCUGACUUUUUCUCAGAAUUGAAUGAUUUAAACAUUGAGAUGUAAACUUGCAAUUUUAAGAAAAUCAGAAUUUAGCUAAAUUGUUUUUCUCAGAGUUGUACUUUAUAACUCACAAUUGUGAGUUUAUAUUAAGAACAAUUGUAAGUUUUCUAAUCUAAAUCAGAACCACAUGAUGAAAACUCGCAAUUGUGAGAAAAAGUCUGAAUUGUGAGAAAAAUUUGCAAUUGCAAGGGGAAAAAACUUCAAUUGCGAGUUUAUUUCUCUCAAUUCUGAGAAAAGAAGUUAGAAUAGCACAAUGUAAACUCCAUUGCAAAUUCUGAAUUACGAGAUGUAAACUCGCAAUUGUAAUCAAAUCUGAAUUGUGAAAUAUAAAUUCUAUCUCUCAAUUCUGACUUUUUUUUUUUCCAAGAAAAGAAGUCGGAAUAGCAUGAUCAGAGUAGCAUGAUGUAACCUCACAAUUGCGUGGAAAAAAAGGUCAAAAUUGCUAUAAACUUGCAAUUGUCCAAAUUGUGAGGUACAAAUUUGCAAUUACGAGGGGAAAAAAGUCAGAAUUCCAAGUUUAUAUCUCACAGCUUUAUAAGUCGCAAUUGUGUACUUGCAUCUCACAAUUCUGAGAAAAAAAGAAUAGUCAGAAUGGUGGGAUAAAAAGUUGCAAUUGCCCUUUUUUAUUUUAUUUAAUUUUUUUAUCCUGUUGGAAAUGAGCUUCCAUAGAAACCUGUAAACGUACAGUAAAUCUGUAUGAAUUUCUCAUACUUUUACGACAGAUCCAAUGCAACAGCCGAUGAAUGUGAUCGUUUGACAUGCUUUUUCGUAAUGACCUCGCGAGAUUCUGAGCACUUUUUAUGACCCAAUGCUGAAAAGCGAAAUGAUGCUUUGUAAUGAGUCUCGAUGUUUUAUCUUUAUAUAUGCUUGAACAAUCAACUGUACGUAUAUAUAUUUGUGAGUGUUCGACCGUGUUCAUCUGUUUGAGGUUAUGACACUAAAAGCAUUAAGUUAUUAUUUUUGUGCAGGUCUUGUUGGUACUGUAUGUUGAACAUCACUAAGGAUUGCAACUGUAAAUAAUUAGUUCUUGUGUAUAAGUGUAAAUAUAUAAAUGUAUGAAGCUGUGAAAGGCCAUGUGAACAUGAAAACAGACGCGUUUGUUAUAUUCUGAAAACCACAAUAAAACAAUGCAGUAGUUACAUUUGCAAGCCCGC